AUGGCCGCACAGCAGCUUGAGCAGAAGUGUUGAUGAUGGUAAAGUCUCUUCGUGGAAAGUGCUGGCGAGUUUGGUUCGCUCCGUGGCAGCAAACGUGAGAUGAGGAAGAAAGUAUCUAUUGCAGUGUGUUUGAUUUUUGGCAAGAUUUUUCUAAAUCGGGUGAAAUUUUCAGCUCUUGCUUGCUGAAUCGUGCUCGGAAAAUAUUUGUCUGUCCAAAAUCGGAUAAAGUUUACAGUGAUUUUUCAGUGUGGAUGAGGAAACUUAAAAAAAAUCCAUGGUGAAUCAAAUAUUCGUGAAAGGAAUUUCGUUCUGGUGCGCCGAGAAGAGAAUGAAAACUGUUUCAACUCAUUCGAUCUACUGUAGAGGAAAGAAAAGUUAAAAUCGUGCUUGUCUGAUUAGCAAAUUGGAUUGAAAGUUUUAACAAAUUAAUGUUCGGGGUGAAAUUGUUAACCAUGAAUGAUACUCCUGAGGCAGAACAUUAUGCCUGAAUGAGAAGAUUGAUUUUGAUUGAAGUAGAAGAAUCUGUGUUGUGGUUUUAAUACUGUUAUUGCGGUCGGAUUUUGCGUUCGAGUAAUUUCGAAAGGAUCAGUGAAAUUUACAAUUAACAAAGUGUUGGAUAACAAAAAGCUAAUCCAUCUAAUGCCUCCACCCUCUUAAGGCGAUCACCGACUGUACGAUUUGGCAGCACUCUCAACUUGGCGUAUUUGGAGACUCCCGAAUUGUUUAGAACUCCGAUAACCGUCUAGGUUGGCAAAGGAUACUGUGCCUACUCGAGUGUGCUGUGAGUAGACCGAGAGAGCGGAGAGCAAGGAUACAGGCGCUGUGUGCCGUGAGUGUGAGGAGGUGGUAAUGAUAUUUGCCUUCCCACAUCCCCUCGCUUUACCAUCGUCUAGGUCGUUUUGCCGUACACUCAGAGCUGGAGUCAGUCGCCCUCAAGAAGACACCGGAGCAGCAUCGAACCGGUUGACGUUGUCGAGUGUGAAAAAAUAGAUAGACAGACGGACGAACGAACGAUCGAUCAAUUGGGCUCGAGAAGUAGAGAAAAAACCGGGUCACGCGUGUUAAACUCAAGGGGGAUUAUCUCACUUCUAUACGUGUGCUUAUGUAUGUGUCUGUGUUGCUCCCCAGCCCCAUUUUGCCGGGAGCACCCGUCCCGAGUGGGUUCAGAUAAUCGAAUCGGAGUCAAAAUUGGUCCAGUUUAGUGCAGUGCAUACACACAGUACGGUUGCCAGCAAAGUUAAAAUUCGGGGAACGUUCCCGUUUCUAGAGUGCUACAGUCCUAUCGGUGUUCUCUAGUUUUUCGCUGUGGGUCUAAGAAGAACAACAAGCGCACAGCAGGACAGGCCCGAAAAAAAAGAAGAAGCGAAUAAUUAAAUAUUCCGCCUGUGUGCAUCUAGCAACCGAAAGAAGAGAGUGCGCACGGUGUGUGUUUCUUUCAUGUUCCGUUACUAGCUGGACGCGCGGAAAGGAAAGCGGUAUGGAAUGAGUAAGCUUCUAUCAUCGGUGUUUCCAGGCCUCCUUCUUCGCCACAGCAGCAAAGCAACGCAACGUUCCGGACCGAUCCGACCUUCCGAGAGUCGAUUUGCUUUGCUUUAGGUUCGGUAUAUCAUUAGGACGGCCGCGGCUCUGCUCGAGACCCGGCUUGGUGCUCAGUGCUGUGAGGAUCUGGAAUUAUUGUACGGUCGGGAUCCAGUGUAUUUGUGUAUGUGUGCGUGUUUGUAUAUUCAAGAGAAACGAAGGAAAGAAGCAGAACGAAGAAGUGUUCUUAGAGGUGUGCAGAUGCUAGAAGAAGAAACAGACAUGUGAUAAAUAUAUGAGAACAGCGGUGUUCAACUUAAGUCUCGAAGGCCUCGGUUUUUGCCUGGAAUAUAGUGACGAGGCUAGGCGCAAAAAACGGGGAAGAAGUUUCAAGUGUUGUGUUUUAACGCUGACGAAACACGAAAGGAAGAAGAAGCUAAAAUGACGAAACUCCUCAACGAAACUCGAAGAAGAUGUACUUAGACAGUGUUUCGGGGCGGUUUUGCUCUAGUUUAGGAUAAUUUUCAUCAUUUCGGGGGUGGAAAUCGAUAAUCCGGUAGUGGUGUUGGGUGCGGGUUGACGAGGGAAUUUCACGAAGGAGUGAAGUGUGUGAACCGUAAAAUCCUCUUGAACGAGGUGGCGAAGUGCACCACCGCCAGCACAUAACCAGUGUUCAAAAUGCUUGCCGAAGGAACAAUGCACAAGAAAUAUAAGAUCUCCUUACCGCUGAAAUGCUGCUGCCCCAGCAGAAUCAGCAGUGGGAGUGCACUAAUCGAACGAAAACAAGAAGAAAAUUGCAACAGCAGCCUUAGUAGUAGGAUCAGUGAUAUCAGUAGCUGUGUCCGGCUGCCGGACCUCGAAUGCUCCAGCAGUCGGUCGUUACCGGUGCUGCCUAACGGAGACUCCGACAGUAACAUUAGCAGCCGCAGCAGUAGUAGUAGUAGCAUCUCUAGUACUAGUUCCCGCAAAUCCGGUCGACGGAGACAGUGCCGGCCACCAGAUACCGUGAAGAAGGUACGGGUGAGAACCGGUGCCACCAUUGCCACCUGCAGCUUCGAACCUAGCCGAUCCCGAAGGCCUCGACCAGCCUCCGCUAGCAGUUUCAUCAUCACGCGUCGAUACUCCUCCUUAGCGAUAGUGUUAAUUAGUACCGUUCUAUUGUUGUGCCACUGUGGACCAUCAGCAUUCCUCCUUAGCCCCGGUUGGGCCGUCCUGCUCGAUGCCAACGGAGAAAGCACCGGUCCGGCCGGGGCUCCAGUGCAGGCCUUCGGCGAUGGGUUCGGAAAUUUCAACUUAGAACGAAGCAUAGCGGCCGUCUUUAGCCGGGUGGCGUACGGUUCGACGACGACAACGAAGCGCAGCAUACCGGACAACGUGUACGUGCCGAGUCUGACGACCGUGUCGACGCCACUGCUAACGACGUUUAGGUAUCGGGAAAAGGACAAGGAUUCGCUGAGCCUAGGCGGAGGAAGUGGAGCCGGUGCCGUGGAAGGCGGCCUGGGAGGGGGCCGAGAACCGCAUUACAACCAACAGCAGAUCAGCGCCAAUCAUCGGAACUACGAGCUGGAUCUGGAGCGGGACCAUGUGCUGCCGACGUCGGCACCAAACGCGGAAAUCCUGAAGAGCAACAGCAAUCCGACCUAUCCGAACCCGAACCGACACCACGGCCACGACCGGCAUCGGCACUCCAACUCGACACCCUACCCGCACGGUCACAACAAGAAGGGCUUUCCAACGAAUCCGAUGUUCCCGGGAGAUAUAUCAUCGUAUUCACCGCCAUCGCGAGCCUUCUUCACGCCUCCGUUGCCGCGCAACUACACGAAUCCAUUCGCGGACAAGCCGACACUACGGGGAACCAAUAGCGACAGUACGGUGAUCAACACCGGGAGCUACGUAAAUCGUCGUCCACUGCCACCACCCAGUUUGAUGCCCGGCCACGAGCGGAUUCCGAUUCGGCCGGAUUUGAAUGGACCAGUUAGCCCGCAGAAGCCGUCACAAGAUGUGGCCUCCGCUGUUGGUGGUGGUUCUCCGCCCGUACUAGGAGGCGGUGGAGGACCAUCCAGCUCAUCUCAAUCUAUCGACCAGCGAAAGAAGGCCCUGAAUACGCCAUCGGAGAAAAGCAGCAAACUAGAUUCGGCCAAGAGCUACGGAGUGGACAGCAAGUUUAUGCUGGAUGGAAACGGGAACUCCAGUGCAAUACUACCAAAUGGGAUGCACUUUCCGUCGAUUUCAAGAAUACUGAGUGGCUCGAACGGCCGCACGCAGACGAUUCCAGACGUGUUGCUGAGAUCGGUUACGUCGGCACCGAGACCAAACCAGCCGACGUUCGAUCUGAACCCGCCGGUGACUUCGUUAAGUAAUGCUAAGAAUUUAAAUAAGGGAAACAAUCAUAGCGAUGACGAGGGCGAUGAUUUCGAGGCGGGAAACGAGAACAGUAGUGGUAGGGACGAUGAGGACGAUGACGAGGAGGAUGAUGAGGUCGUUGGGGAGAAAAGUGAGGGGGGUUUAUAUUCGACCCAAGCGCAAAGUGUUCAAACCAGUACGGUCAGCUCGUUGAUUCAUCUAUCCUCCUCGUCGUCGCCGAUCACGCAAAAGAUGCCGAAUUUGAAUUUAAAAUCUGUGAUGAUCAAGGCGAACGCUAGCGGGGACGGCGACGGGCAGACAGGUGGCGCAGGGUAUGGCAAUGAUAGGAAUUUUGCGAAUGAUAUCGAGGAUAUCAGUACGUGGACGAUUGCGUGGAAUAUUCACGUGUAUCUGUCGGCGAUUCUGUUUACCAUUCUGGCCGUGUACUCGAUCUUCAAGAUAAUUUUCUACGACAAACUGACGCAUCUUUUCUCGCAAUCCUACUUCAUUAGUAUCCAUUUAAUCCUGAUAAUCAUCUGCUUGCUGCGAAUUUUCUACUUAUGCUACGAUGCCUACAACAUUCACUUCAGUUUCAAUCUGUUUACUUCGGAGUUGCUGCUGAAUCUUCCGCUGACAUUCCUCACGACAACGUUUGCGAUCUUGAUUUUGUUCCUACUGUUACGGUCGAUUAACCACAAAACUAACCGAUACAGUUCGAUUCUUCGUCCGCUGACUAUCAUGAUCGGUUCGGGAGUUCACGUUGGUCUUUGCGUUACCCUACACCUGGUGGAAUCGUACGAAACGCAGCAGUUCUAUCACAAACAGGCUCAACUGAUGGCCAGUAGUCGAGGAGGUCAGACCGGUCACGGUCCUACCAACAUCCAGAUACCACCGAGAGUUCUUUCGUUGAUCUGUCAGAUCAUCUACAUCUUCAUUUGCCUGUCGUUGGGCAUCCUCUAUCUGUACAUGUACCGACUUCUGAAACGAAUUCUGCACAAAAGUCAGAACUACAUCCACGGCUACAAUAAUCUGUCGUACGCGAUUCACAUUACCAUUGCUACCGCACUGCUUUUUAUUUUAUUGGCAGCCCUGCAGAUUUACGGUGCCAUCAGCAUCAGCUCGCAGACGAAGGUCAAGCUUUCACCGAACAACAAUCUGAACGAUGGUUCUGCCCAGAAGACUUUGUGGGCAUCCCAUAUCGAGAUCGACUGGUUCCAGUGGGGCUAUCAGUUUAGUUUACGCUUCAUCGAAAUUGUGAUCAUUGCGCUUCUAUCGUGGGUAACCGGUCUGAAGACGGGCACCUCCAAGGUUAUCCAGCGCGAGAAAGAUAUGGAGCAACCGAAUGCCAGCGGAUUCGCACUGUUCCCGUGCACUUCCUCCUCCAGCCAGGAGAACUUCGAAACGGAUUACCCCGCUGUAUGCAAUGCGAACACCAAUUUGCACACGUACACACUGCGCACCGGUAAACCAAUUUACGACGAUAACUUUGCACUGAAUUCGUUGAACUUGGAGCAGAACAGUAAUCAGGAUCUUCAGUUGGGGCCCGGAGGAAACGACUUCCAGCGGUCGAUCGAAACAAACAGUAUGCGAUCGAGUUCGCACAAUUACAGCAACAACUACAACGGUAGCCAGCAGGCUGAUCAACACGAAGAUUUCAUGAACGAUAGCGAACAGAUGCCAGAUCACUACGAAAAUCCAAACUUUGAGCUGAAGCAUCACCACCGGGGAGAACCUCCGGAUGGACCCCAGUACCACGACAUCAUGGACAACUGCUACUCGGAACCGAUCAACGCUCCUCCGUACGACACGAAGAGUUUAAGAGGUGCAGCAGUUGGAGGUCCUCCACCAGUUCAUUUACCGCAGGGAUCGAGAAACUACGAUUUCCAAAACUUCGAAAGGCCCUCGUUCGAUCAGGCGGCUUCCUCACAGUCAAUUUCCCGGGGUGAAUUCCGGGCCUCGAAAAACCUCAAAACGCUAAAAAGCGGUCAAGCAAAUUACGACGGAGCGAACACAAUGGGUCACCAUCACUAUAACCACUUUAACAACUACAAUGAUUCGUUCGAGCGACGGAUUGGGGUUCGGAAGAGUGGAACUCUGAACAAUAUCGGUGGAAUGCAUUUCAACCAGCAUGCCGGCGGAAGUGGGCGGAACAAUAACAAUUCUGUCUCUUCUGCGUCGUCUUCGACUUCGUCCAACAACCGUGGUGCAAUACAACAACAACAACAACAGCAGCAGCAACAAGCGCAGCAGAUGCCGGGUCAAGGACGACCUCCACGAGGUGCCGGUCCCGAGCGUCAUAUGAACGGUGCCCAAACACUUAGCACUGCCGGUGGUAGAGGUGGUCCAGAUCACCACCACCACCAUCACCAUCAUCCGCAGGCAGCUCCCCGGAAUCUCCCCGGUGGAGAUUUCGUACAUCCGGGAAGCUUCAACGAUCGGAUAGUUAACGGCCACGGUGUAGAUCACUCGUCCCAGGAGCACGUGAAUAACUUCGACGAUAAUAGCAGUUCGGCGAGUUACUAUCACAGCAAAAAACGCUCCCGGGAAUCGUCCAGCUCAAGUUAUACCGGCUUCAACAACAACGGUAGUGAUCAUGGUCCACAGAAUCAGGAACCGGGCAGCUCCUCGCCCACAAUGUCCGCAUCGAAUCUUCCGAUCAACGGAAUGAACGGUGGAGGUGGAGGAGGAAGCAGCUCUGGUGGGUCCUCCAGUGGAGUUCUACCCGGUAAGAUCGCUGUCCCGGCUGCCGGAGCCGGUGGCGGCAGUGAUAGUUCGUCGAUGCUGGUCGCCGAGCAAGGUUUCGUGCGGUUCCGGGCGCUGGAGGAUCCGGCGCUCAGCUCGCGAACCAACCUUAGGGAUAAGAACAAGCUAUUUAUGAAUUCUUAGAGUUUAACCGGCUGGCUGCCGCUAUCGCCUCCGCCACCACAAGAUGUGGAAAAGCUGUAAAGUUUGAGCAUUUUUUCAUUCUUUUUCUCGUAUUAGGAUUUAACGUAAACAAAAACCACACACACACAUUCGCACACGUCAGUUCUGCCCCCUCGCCCUGCUACUCUGUGCGCUCCCCGCCUACCCAUCCGUCUCGUCAGUCCAUGUGUGUUGAAUGAAGCAAGUUUCUUCUCGUUGUAAAUAGUUAGCGCGAAAGUAGAGAACCAAAAACAAAAUGGUGGGUCAACGUAGGUGCGGUACGGCAGAAUUCGGGCGAAACAAUUCAGUCAAGUGAUCGAUUUAUUAUUAUAACUAAUAAAGGUAUAAAAGAUAAAAAUACAAAAAAGCUACGAUUCUAGGA